ACGCCAUGGCCGCUGCACGCCCGUUUGCGCUCCCGCUCGUCGCGCUGCUCAUCGCGCUGAUCGCUGUGCUGCUCGCGCCCGCCGCAGCCGCACCGCGCGCGCGCCGACAGCUCGCUGACGACGCCGCGUUGCAGCCGCUCGAUGACGCGGCCGAGGACGAGCAGACGCGUGAGAAGCGCAAGCUGGAGGGCGUGACGCAGGCCAAGUUCGGCAUCAAGAACGCCGUGCUCGGCUUCGUUUUCGGGAAAAUCAACUCUCUGAUCGACGCCAAGACCCGAUUUGUGGACACGCUGGACCGAAAGAACAUCGAGCUGAACAAGCAGUACGGCAUCGAGCCACCCGCACCUGGCGGCCUCGCCUCCCUGAGCGGCGUCGUAACGCAGGUCAUCGGACCCAAGCUACAGCUGCUCGGGCCUAAGCUGCAGGCGGUGACCGGCCUGCUGGGUGGUCUCUCCGGUGGCUCAUCGGCGCAAGGUGGGAGCUCAGGGGGCUCUGGUUUGGGCUCCAUUCUAUCGCUGGUGACGUCAUUAUCGGGCUCCUCGUCCGGCGGCGGUGGAGGGGCCGCUCCCAGUGUUGAGACCGUGGACUCCUCAGAAGAAGAAUCCUGAUCGUAGUUUCCACCCUUCUUCGUUUUAACAAUCUCCCUACUCGUGUGCUCCGCUAUACUUUAUCCCUUGCCGAUAUCGCGCUGCAAACGAGCCUUUCCUCUCGUCCCUUCCCCUCACUUCCAAGGAGUGCCCGCUUGUACAGUCCGCGGCCGCAUUUCACCCUCAUCCUCCUCCUCUUUUGUAUUUAUAUGUAAAUAGAUAUAGGUGAGUGCUGGUGACUAUUAAAUAUUUUUUUAUGAAUUUCGUUUGUUUCACUGCACGUCGCACAGGCCCUCCCCGCGUCCCCGCCCCGCGCCCGGCUCCCCGCUCAUGUUUCAAUAUUCAUUCGACAGUUUGGUUGGUCGUCUUAAAGAAUAGCAAACAUGUUCGCGUGGCGAGGUCGUGUGGUCGCGGGGUUGGAGGUUCGCGGUAAGGGGUCAGCUCUCAUUAGUCGCACCCGUAGAAUCCCACACUUCAGCGUACCUAACAGCAACACCGCCGUUGCCAACAGCUGCCCUCCGUCCCCACAACAACGAGGUACGCACAUAUCGACCCACACUGACAAAAAGUUACA